UUUUAACCACUGUCUCUCAAAGUAAUCGGGCGUCAGGAAUACUGAGCGAAACCAGUUAGGAUUAAACCACUCGGUUCUACAAGGCUGCUUGUUAUUUAAUACAACAAUGGCCGACCUGUUAUAACCUCGACUCUCUUCUCGCGGUAACAUUUAGCAUCGUUGAUUAGUUAACUCCCAAUCUCUGCCUUAAAAAAACCCGGUUAGAGACUGCAUCAUUCACCCUUUGAGGAACAAUCCUAAAAUAUCACGAUCUUCUGGGAGCAGGAAUUUUUGCCUUGUCGGCCAUAAAUGGGUAGCAGAAUGAAGGCCACCAAACAAGAGGAAAAAAGAGACCAAAGAAUCAAUUCUUUUUCAAGCACGAGUGCUAUCAAUGCAUCUAAAAUGAGCUUUGCCCUGGCUAGAAAUAUUGACAAACUGAGUCAUAAUUUUCCAUCUGCAAUUGUACAUCAGAAACCUGUGCCAGCUCUGGAGAAGGUUGCGCCACCAAGGUGCAUUCGCAUUAUUCACCAGCCACGCAAAUGUUAAAAUAACUUGAUACUUGCCAUGAUCAACAGCAGCCAGUAUGAACAUUGAAGAAAGCAUGAUUAUAACUAGUGCGGAGCUAGAGCUCUGUAGCUUUGCAAAAGUUGUCGCAGUGGAUCAUGACAUUUUAGUUCAAUUUGCAAAUCAUAAAAUGAUCUAAUUAGUGCCUUUGAUUAAUUUAUUUUGUCUUUUGAAACUUAAUGAUUAACUUCAAGACAUUGUAGAUAACAUUGCACUUAUAUAGUUAGAAAAGAGAAAAAUGCAAACUUCUUUGUAAAAAUAAACUUGCUCUUGCCAAUAAACUAACUUCUUGACCUGCACAA